UUUUUUUAAUCAAGUGGUUCAUCUCAAUGGGCGGAAAGUAACGUUAGCUAAUGUCACUGCACGGCUCCGUGGCGUUGUUUUGAUUCGUGUUGUAAUUAAGUAAACAUAAAAACACCAUCAUGUCAGAAGAAAUCGAAGACUCAAAGACUGUAGAAACGACCGAGGAGCAAAAAGAAGUGGAGAGUGAGGUGAUUUGUCCAGAGAGAGCAGAAGAAGCCAAACUGAAGGCCAGAUAUCCGAACCUGCCGGCAAAAGCAGGAGGAUCUGACCUGCUCCGGAAACGACUGCAGAAAGGGCAAAAGUACUUCGACUCGGGCGACUACAACAUGGCGAAGGCGAAGAUCAAGAACAAGCAGCUCCCCUCGGCGCAGCCGGAGAAGGCGGAAAUCACCGGCGAUCACAUUCCCACUCCUCAGGAUCUGCCGCAGAGGAAAACCUCGCUGGUGGCCAGCAAGCUGGCGGGCUGAUCUCCACCGUCUCCACCAGCAGCUCGCUCUCCUCCCUCAUGUUUUCCUCAUUAACACACCAUCCCUUGUUUUUUUUUUUUUUUUUUCCUGUUCAUCUUUUACGCUCCCUUUUUACCUCCAAUGUAUGAUAUACACUGAAAAUAGAGGCGUGCAAGUGCCAGCGUUGGAUUAUGGGUAGUGAGAUAUAUAUUAAAAAAAAAAAAAAAGUCUGUAUGAAGAUUUCUAUAUGUGCUGUAGGAGUAGUAGAAGGAACGUGUACAUAUUUGCUUGUGAGAAACGAGGCGCCGCUGGGUUUUUAGAAAGGUUUUAUGUUCUAAUCGCACCAUUCCUGAAGAUUACACAUUAGCGCAGUAGCGUGCUUGAAUGAUUCACGAUUGAAUAUGACCUCCGAUAACGAUAAUGUACUUGAGCUCUUUCCCUGUUAACAUUCGAGCUUUACACACCCGAUCGGACCACACUGCUGACGCUAGUCACGUUAGACGCACAUGGCUGCCGUUGGCUCGUUGCCUCUGACCCCAGAAAACGGCCUUAAUCAUGUUACGGUUGUAAAGCAGCAAUCGUGAACCUGAAGGCUAACGGCCAACGUGAUGCAAACCGUGAUGCAAACGCUCCACAAGCUUCUCACCGAGGGUCUUCUCGCCAGGUUUUUUGAAGCCAAACACUACAACAUCCGGGCAUGUGUGUGUCCACCGCAGUCACUUAUGUGCCAUUCGAUUUGUAAAUAAAAUAGUUUUGCAAACCUG